AUGUCCGUGGGCAAACUCAAGGCGCUGCUGGAAAAUAGAAAAAAAGCUGUACCCCUUACUCUCGAAGUGUACCCCCAACAAUGGACUAAGUUGGACAGGAGUCAGAGCGAGUCCCUCGCAUCUGACAGCCAAGAUCCCAAAUCUAUCGUGAUAGCGCACUAUGAUGGACCUUCCCAUACAUUCGCGUCGGAAGAUACCAUGUUGACUCGCUGUAGUGGACGUUCCCAUACGUUUGUAUUGGAAGAACAGUAUCAAUCAGAACAAAGCUCAGCAACUCCGAUUGGCAUGCGCUUCACUUCAAAUUUGACCGGGAGGAUAGCGUCGGGCAUACCUCUUAUCAUGGAAAAGCUCAAGAAGUGCGAGGAGCCAGAGGAGAUAUUGACCACCUUCAAGACAAACGAAACUCUAAAAAAUCUGGAUGAUUGGGCGCGACAAGGCACGUCACUGAUGGAGCACUAUUCCAGCAAGCAAAGUCCACUUUGGCAAAAGGUCGCUACCAGGAUUCUGGCAGCCAAGGGUCGAAAAUUCAGCCUUCAAAAGAUUCGGGCAGUCCUCAAUCCCAAGUUUGACAAAAAUCCCAGAAAGGCACUCCAACCGCUCGAGCUCGAGGGUAUAUUAUCCGAGAUCUGUUCGAUCACCGAUGAGGUGCACCAGACUGUUAUGUGCCAAACCACGAGAGAACAAAGCACAAGUCUACUCGAUCCGAGGUCUAACUCGAUCGAUCUUGACAGCGGAAUGACUAUUGAUCCCAGUUCGCAGGAAGACCCAAACCAAGACGAGCCUUCCAAUACCGUUGAUCGCGAAAUGAAACAGACAGAAUGCGCUCGCGAGAGUAUCGAUCGAGAAUCAUAUAGAUCGGAGCCUGCAGGCACUCCGGCCCAUCUUUC